AUGGCCACGUUGAGAGAUCUCUUCCUUUGGAUCCUCACACACCAGGUCCAAGGAGUUGCCAAGUUCACAAACAUUGAGUGCUUGAGUGUGGAUGAAAGCUUUGCCACCGUUUCCCAGUGCCGUUUGUAUGCCGUCAAAAGGGAUGUGGUGGAAAUGAGCCUGAGGGCCCAUAUUUUACACUGGCCAAAAGCACCAAUAUCGAUGCGCAUGCAACUAUUAAAGAAAGCCAGUGGCUACAAACCUUUUCUGUAUAACAUCUGCCAGUCGGAUGUGUGCGAGUACUUGGAGAAACGAAAUCAUCCCUUUAUCAAUAUCAUUCUCAACAGUUUCGUCAAUAGAACCAACAUCAACAAGUGCCCAAUACCACCUGAAAUUAUAUUGGAGCACUUUCGUUUUCCGGUGAAGGUAUUGGACAUGAUGCCCCUCCCAUCUGGGGACUACGGCCUAUUCACCACCUUCAGUUUCGGCCAAAAGGAAAGAGCCCAGGUUAAGGUUUAUUUCACACUAACCGAAUAUCGCUAAUAAAGCGAUGCACAUGGGCCGAAUAUUUGUAAUAAACAUCAGUUGCGGUGCAAUAAACCAAUUAAUAAAUUUGCAAUAAAAUGUUAACUGGCCGUUAAAGAGCUUUCGGAUUUGAUUAUCCCUUUGUUAUCAUAAUAA